UUGCGCGCAGCCUCAGACAAACGAGAAAUUUCGCCAGUGAAAAUCAUGCAUUUCUACCACGGCUACUCGGCUGGUUGACGUUCACCAAAGUAAACUUGGUCCGCGGUGUGUCUGGCGAGGUACAUACACACACACACACACGCACACGCACACAACACAGACACACACAGGGAGAGAGAUAGCUAGCUGGCUGGCUGGCUGGCUAGCUGGCUGGCUGACUGACUCUGUGCGUCCUCUCUUUCUCUCUCUCCCUCCCGCCCCUUCGUCCAACUCCCCCACUCACGCGCCUGCUGCGUUCCCUUUUGCGCGAUCGUGACCCCGUUUCUUCGAUGACCGACACUCCGCGGCUGCUUGGCCGCCAUUAGAGGAGCCGAGAGCAGGGGAGAGAGAAAGAGAAACGAGAGCAACCGAGGCGAAACGAAGACGAUCGUGGUAGGUCUGCCGUCUACUUCUCCGUACACACAGGCAGGCAGCCAGGCGGGCAUACACGCAGGCUCGCUUGGUACAGACCCAUUCUAUAUACGUUCAGUGGCACUGCCGCGUAGAGAGAGGAAGAGAGGGGCACGAGGAAAAGCAAGGCGGCCAAGCGAGACGGACGAUGCGUGAGAGCUGUCGGGGACCAUGGACUCUUGACAGUGAAUCGAUUCGCUCGCGCUGCCCUGACCUCGUAUUCCUUGCUGCCGCAAUUUCGGUCGACGAACGAAUUAUCGAGGUCAACGACUAGCGUGCCUAGCCUCGGUACCUCUUGUAAACAGUGUGGUGUGUGUGUGUGCCCACCGCGAGACGCGCGCGAAGGAAAAACUACGCUACUUUCCUCCAUUCCAGUGAAGAGACACGAAUCGUCGUUAGGCCCGUUAGGGGCCCAUUACAUUACGUUAGGAGUGUCGGUGUUUGCGAGGAGAAACGUGAAAGGUGGCCGGGAUUAUUUCUUCAGCGGAAGUGACGAGGAAAAUUGAGACGGUGGAGCCGAAGGAACAGCAAACGGUGGUGGUACAGAAGGUGGAGCAGGCUGGCGAGAUGCUGCAGGCUGUACCGCGUGUGCCUGUCGCCGGCGUCAGGCGACGAUGGGGCAACAGGCACACCGGAAGUCUGCAGGAGUCGAGCCCGGAAGUGUCGAGCAGCGGUGUGCUGUCACCGUCGCCAAGUUUCCAACCCUCCACGCCGGAGAGCGCAGCUGUGAAGAACGAGGAGCUUCAGCUGUGGGAUCUGGACCUUCAUCGGGGUCUGCAGGCCAACGGUGAUCAUUAUCGGGCCACCAUCACCGCCACCACGACCACCACAGUGCUGCCAACAAUCGUCACCGAUCCUGCCUCACCGUUCACCACCCCCGUCGAAGGUAGGGACGAGCUGUCGCAGCCUGGCUCUUUGAACGGCUAUGGAAGCGGCGGAGGCGGAGGUGGAGGAGGCGGAGGAGGCGGCGGCGGUGGUGGCAGCGACGGCUGUGACGCCAGGAAGAAAAAAGGGCCGACCCCGAGGCAGCAGGAGGAGCUGUGCCUGGUUUGCGGUGACCGUGCCUCCGGGUACCACUACAACGCGUUGACCUGCGAGGGUUGCAAGGGCUUCUUCCGGCGCAGCAUCACGAAGAACGCGGUGUACCAGUGUAAAUACGGGAACAAUUGCGAGAUUGACAUGUACAUGCGGCGCAAGUGCCAGGAAUGUAGGCUGAAGAAGUGUCUGACAGUGGGCAUGAGGCCUGAGUGCGUCGUGCCGGAGUACCAGUGUGCUGUCAAGCGCAAGGAGAAGAAAGCGCAGAAGGUAGGCUGUUGGACAGUUUGUCGUCGAACGUUACAUUAAAAAUCGUCGUUGAUGAAACGGCCAUAAAGGAGA